AUGACCUCCACCACAUCCAACACAACCGGCACAGCAAGUAAGACCACGACGUCCGGAACAUUCACGCUCCUCCUCUUCGCGUCCGCGAGCACCUUUGCCGGCGGGGUCGAGACGCUCCGGCUCCCCGCGCCGACGACGCUGCGCGGGGUCUUUGAGGCUCUCGAGGCGCGGUUCCCGGGCAUGCGCGACGCGGUGCUCCGCAGCGCGGCCGUGACGGUGAAUCUCGAGUACGUCGACGUUGAUCCCGACAUCGACGCUUCUGCCGGGCAAAAGCGAGAUGGGGACGUUGGGGGCGAUGCGACGGACAAGGGUGACGGGCUGGAAAUGGUGAUCAACGCGGGCGACGAGGUCGGAAUCAUCCCGCCGGAUGUAUGGUACGCGGGAUUAUAG